AUGUCAGUAUGUGCUUAAAAAGAACUCUUUAAUGAAAACCAAAUUAUCAAUUCAAAACUCUAUUGUGAAAUUUUGAAUGCCAUAGAUGAAUAUUUAUAAAUAAUAAAAUUAGAAAAUGGCAUGUUUGGAAUUGAAACAUCUAAUUCUAAUUAUUAGGUUUCAAUCAAUUCAACAAAUUAAAUUUAGGAUUAUAAAGACGUUUUAAUAUUUUAGAAUGAAAAAGAAAUUGAUGUAAAAUGAAAAUUAUACUUUAGAUAAAUGUGUAUUUUAAUUUUGCUGAUUAUUAGAUAAAGAGCAAUUACAUAGGUGGUCUAUUAUAUAAACAAGUUAAAUUUAUUAUUGAUAAAGAGAAUCAAAUAUAUUUUAAUAUAAUUACAUUUUCACAGACCUAAUUCAAAGAAUUCACUAUAAAGGAUUAUGGAAAAAUUAGUUUAAAAUAAAAAUCAGAUGAUCCUAAAUCAAUUUUCUUUUCAAUGAUAUUUAUAACACUUUAAAACAUUGAAUUAUAAAUAGAAAGUAUUAUUGGAAACUUUAAUUAAUUGAAUAAAAUUUGUGAGAUAAAUGAAUGUAAAAAUGAUCUAAAGUUAUAACGUUUGAUAUAAAAUAUAGAUAUUCUUUAAAUUUAUCCAAAAAAUAUAUUAAAAGGUAAAAUCAUUAAUAAUAUUAGCCUAGUUUUCUAAGGAUAAGUUCCUUUAAGAUUUUAACUUAUUGAAUAAUAUAUUUUAUGCUAAUGUUUUAAGUGAGCAUGAAAUUCUUUAACAAAUUAAAACUAAUUCUUGUUCUUUGGUUAUGUAAAAUUUGGUUCAAAUCAAUAAUUCUACAUAUGUGUGGCAUUAGGAGUUUUGUAACAUUACACAAAGUUUUAUAUAUAUUAUUUAAACCAAAAAAAGUACAAUUUAUUAUUAAAUCUAAGUUAGGUUAUGACGUUAAAAAGUGGCAAAAUUAUGUUUUCUCUUUUGAAUCCUAAUAAUAAUAUCAAGCUGAAAUCUUAAUUGAUAAAUUAACAAUAUUAAUUUAACAAUCAAAUUGUAAAUCUUUGGAAAAAAUCAAGAAGUUAUUAAAAAUUAAUGGAAUCCUUUUAUAACAAGAUUCAGUCCCUAUGGAAUCAGAAUCAACUUACUCUAAAUAUUAGGCCUCUGUAAAUACUGAAGUAGAAUAGAAAGAUAUAAACUUGAUUAUUGAACCAAUUUAAAAUUUUUAAAUUUAAGAUAAUUCUGAGAAUGAAUCUAAUAAUGUUCCAACUUUUUAAUUAUCUAACAAUUUAGAUUAGAAACCAACGUAUAAGACAUUAAAUGGAGUUUAUACUCCUUAAGAUCCAGAAAUUUUUUUAAGAGAUAAUGAUUAAUAAAAUAAUAAGGAAAUAAAUUAAGAUAUUAAUGAAGAAACAUUAGUAUAAUAGAGUGAAUAAAAAAAAUAAAGUUUAUUAUAGAAGGAAGAGGAGAAGGAGUAAAACCUAGAUUAUAUUGUGUAUGAAAAUCCAAUUAGCUGGGUGAAUUAAGACAACUAGGAUGUUGAAGUUUUUGAAUUUAAUGAGAAUUAGCAAGCUAUUAGCAGUUAUAUACCAAUCUAAAGUAAUUAAAUAGAUGAAACGAAAAAUAGUGACUAAUAGCAAUAAAUUUUAUAAUAAGCAUCAAAUUAAAUACUAGAAUUAUAAUAAACUUCUUCAUUAAACUAGAUUAAUUAAUAAGAUGGUAUGAUAAUUGAAUAAUAAGCAAAAGUUGAAGAAAUUAUUUUGGAUGAUUAAGAUAAUUCAUAAGCUUAAAAUAUUAAUAGUUAAUAAUAAUAGUAAUAACAACAACAACAAUAAUAAUAAUAAUAAUAAUAAUAAUAAUAAUAAUAAUAAUAAUAAUAAUAAUAAUAAUAAUAGGUAUUUUCAACUUAAAAUAAUUAAUAAGAUAUACAUAUAAAUUAAGAUGAUAAAGGGUCUAAUUAAUAAUAAGAAGAUAUUUCUGAAAGUAAUAAAUAUCAUAGUAAAAGAAAAUAAUAUGAAUACACAGAUGAUUAUGAUCAAUAUUACGAUUAUAUAUCUUUGUAUAAUGAUUAUGACAGUGAAUACGAUUUUCAUCAUAGAAGACAUUUAACCCAUCAUCAUAGAACCCCUAAAAUUAAACAUUUUCAUCAUCAUCAUCAUAAAAUAUCUAAAAAUGAUAGAGAAUAUGAUAAUUAAAACUUAGAUUUAAAUGGACAGGGUUAUUAGGGCUAAAAAUUUAAUUUAAGAGGAAAUAGAAAAAAUAAUGAUUAUGAAACUACUUAAGAUGAUACUAUUCCCAUAAUUGCAGAUAGAAUAAUUAUAGAAUAUAAUUUUGUUAAUGCAAAAGAGGAGGAUAUAAAACUACAUGGAGAUGAUGAGGAAGAAAAUCCUAAAAAUUAGAAAGGACAAGAAGAUGAAGAGGAACCUAAAAAUAAUAAGUCCAAUAAAUAAAAAUCUAAAUCAAAUAAAAAUCAAGAAGAAGGAGAAGAUGAUGCUAAAGAGGAAGAUAAUUAGGAGGAAGAAUAAUAAAAAUCAAAUAAAUCUUAAAAUACUGCAAAAAAUAAGACAUAAAAUAAAAGUUAAGAUAAGAAUAAUGAAAAUCCAAAAAGUAAAGCAUAAGAUAAAAGUUCUUCAAAGGCUAAAGAUAAAGAAAAAGAGAAAGAAAAAGAUAAACCAAAACCUAAACCUAAAUCUAAUGCUAAAUCCAAUGCUGACCAAGAGGAUGAAGAAAAAGAGUAAGACUAAGAAAAUGGGGAAUAGUAGAAUGAAGAUUAAGAGAAUUAAGAUUAAGAAAAUUAAGAAGAGGAAAAAAAUGAAGAUGAAUAAGGACAAGAUUAAGAGCAAGAAAAUAAUGAAGAAAAAGAGAAUGCUGAAGAAAAAGGAGAAGAGAUGGAUGAAGAUGAUUAAUGGAGAGGAUUUAGUUCAAAAGACAAAGAAUAAAAAAAAGGUAAAAGCAAAGGCAAUGGAAAUAAAGAAGAUGAAGAGGAAGAAGAUGAAGAACUGUAUGAUGAGAAUGGAAGAUACAUAAAAAAUCAUCCAUAUUAUUAGCAUAGAAAGAAUAAAAAAUCACAUUAUCCAUAUAAUUAUCCAGGUAGAUAUCCUGGUGAUGAAUUAUUUGAUGAAGAUUUAAUAUGGAGAUAUAGAUGUAUGAAUAGACAAAAUAGAUUUUAAAAUUUUGGAAAUCCUUAUAGUGGUUAUCCUUAUAGACAUCGUUAAGUUAUUAAUUCAAAUCCAUUUUAUAAUAGUAAUCCAUAUUUCAGACUUAAUCCAUAUAAUAAAUAGACUUAGAGUUCAAGUUGUGUACCUUGGAUGGUUAGAUAAAGUUAUCCUCCUUAUCCAGGCUAUGGGAGAUACUCUAAUUUAUAUAGAGGAAAAUAUUAGGAUCCUGAUUAUCAUUUAAGAGAAAUGGGGCUAAGAUAGGAAUAAUAAUAAUAUUAAAAACAAUAAGUACAGAGAUACAGAGAUUAAGUUGGUUAUUUUAAUUGUUAUGGGUAUGAUGAUAUGAGACCAAAUUAUUAUGAGGCAUAUUAGGGAAUAAUAGAAGAUGACCCUCGUUAUUAGGUAUAUAAUAGGAAUAUAAAUGAUCCAAAUGUUUUUAGUCCAUUUGAUGAAACAGUUCAUUAUGGACACAAUUAUGUUAGUGAAAAGCAUUUUAAUGCUAAAUAGGGAUCUAAACCUUUGAAUCAUAGAAUGGUUUAAAAGAAAGUAGAUUUUGAAUAACAAGAGAAUAAUAGUUGCUUAUAAGUGUUUGACCAAUGCUAUUUUAAGGGAAGAAGUGUAAAUUUGUGUGGAGAAUACCCAGUAAUACCAGAAGGUUUGAAUGGAUUCAAAAUAUUUUCUUAUAUUGUGCCUGACAACCUUGAAAUAAGAUUCACCUAAUCAGAUUAGAAUGAAGGUAAUAUAUAUUAAAUAUAUAUAUAGAUAAUGUAUCAGACAUUUCUGGUUCUGAGGAAUGCUUACAAAUACCUUAUGAAUUAGUACCACAAUAAUAAUGA